AUGCAUUUCGGGGCUGCGUUCGCAUUCUUAGGCCUCGCCUCCAUGGUUUGUGCCUACAGCGAUCACCGCGUCGCCAGCCUAAUUGAUGAUGUCACCGCCGGUAACUAUGGUGGGGCUGUCCAGACCGCAUUUGAACUGGAGAGCGAGUACAGGGACGACCUCAUCAAAGAAGCUAUCGAUGGACUCUUCGAAAACAACGUGAGGAACUUAUUCGAUUUCGCCUAUAGGCUCAAUCGUGAUGGGGGAUUUAUGAUUGUCAGGGAAUCCUUCCCCGUGGAAGUUGAAAGGAUCCUCGACGAAAGAUUUAUGAAAUUGAUGAAUAGACAAGACAAUCUCGCUUUAAAGCUGGCCAGCACAGUUGACGAAGGCGGUGACAGGAUGGCUUACGGGGACGGCGCAGGAUACAUCCUGAGAAGUAUUGCUUGGAGAUUUACGCCUCUUUGGGAAAACAACAGCCUAUACUUCCAUAUCUUCGGCGUCGAACGCAACCAAUACCUGAAAUUAGCUUACAGUCCUGACAGCGCGGGAGAUCAUACAGCAUAUGGGGGUGACAGCCCCACAGAUAACAGAUACCGGUGGUAUUUGGUACCCGCGAGAAUUCAAGGUAGGAACUUAUACUACAUCGUCAACAAAGAAUUCAACCAGCCUCUGAAGUUAGGCCGUGCGCUUGACUGGGCACACGAUCGUGUAGCGUAUGGACACAAUGGCGAUUUCCACGGGAACCCUGAGCAGUUCGGCUGGUACAUCACUGAAUACUAA